GCAUCCAUACAGUAUCAGGCACAGCAGGCCUAUAGGGACUACUUUAUAAGUAUAAUACAGGCACAUGGUAGAUCUCCAGAGGGUGCUGAAGGCAAGGAUGCAGCAAAAGUAACUAAGCAAGAGCCCACAAGACGAUCAGCAAGAUUGUCAGCUAAACCUGCUCCACCAAAACCUGAACCCAAACCAAGGAAAACCACGAAGAAGGAACCUGGAACAAAGGCCAACAAAGGUGCUAAAGGGAAGAAGGAUGAAAAGCAAGAAGCUGCAAAGGAAGGUACUACACCAUCUGAAAAUGGUGAAAAUAAAGCUGAAGAGAUUCGCAUCUCUCGCUCCACUGUUAGUGUUUCAACAUCCCGAGGUGCCCCACCCAGCACACUGUCAGUAAAAGGGCAGAUUGAAAGAGUGAAAGUUGGGGGUACGGUAGAGCAUUCAUUCAGCAUUGUGUGCAGUGAAUAGAAACAGGUAGUGGUGUGGUGCUUGUCAGUGUGACCCGUGGAAGCCGACAGGUAAGGCUCAUACCCCUUUUGGCAGCUGGGAGCAAUCACUUAAGGAAGGCGUGUGGAUGGACCUGGUUGGAGGGUUCAAGUGCACGUGGACCUAGGUUCGGACCCGAGCUGUUGCUGCAGAUAAGAGAUGGAAGGAGUGAGGAGUAGUUGGGGUAUUGAGCUGUGCGAUGGCAGUGUACUGUAGUAAUUAAUUUCUUUCUUUCUUCUCCGCAGGCUCAGAAAACUGAAUCUGUAGGUGACAAGAAUGAAUGAAAUAUCAUGAAAAUUUUGGGUUGAUUUUAUGUACCUCUUGGACAACUUUUAAAAGAUAUUUUUAUCAAGUAUUUUGUAAAUGCUAAUUUUUUUAGGACUAUGAUAGCUGACAUAUUAAACUGUAUAUGAACAAUUCCCUUCUCAUAACAGUGCUUUUAGAAAUUCCCGUUGUUGCCAAGUAAUAUAAAUAUCAACUUAAUAUUGCAAGGUAUGUGUAAAAUUGGAUCAGCAUUCCAUACACUUGCUUUGAGAAAUUAAGUCUUGUGCAUAUGGUGAUGUUUUUACUGUGCGUAUUUGAAUUUUUCAUGCAGUUUUUUCUAGAGCAAUAAUCAGUGGUGCUUUUGUACUUAGGGUUUAUGUGAUUUUAAUGAAACAUGGAUAGAUGUGGCCACCUGCUGACUAUUUUGGGUUCUUUUAAUGGAUUAAAAUAAAAGGUCUCCUUGCCUGCAAAACUACAGCCUCCUAAUGUUUUCUCUAAACCUGAGGAAUGCCUUAUUCAUAUUUUCAGCUGUUACAAGGAAGACUAAAUGAUUUAGCAACAAUUAUUUUGCAUGCAAUCUGUUUGCUUUUUUGCUGAUGCCUGACUAAAAAGACCCACGCAGGAGUAGCAGGCUGGGAUUUUCAGUGGCCCACAACUUAAGGAGCUCUAGAUUCAUUCUUCAUAGAUCCCUCCUUCAGCUAUACUGUCACAGGGUGAGUAGAGUUGCCAUACUCUGUCAGGAUAUUGUGUCUGUGAUGAGCUACCAAUGCAGAAUGAAGCGCUUGAUUGAUAGAGACGUACAGUAACUUAAAAGCAGCUCAGUUUCUCCCCCAUUCUCUUUUCAUUGACUUGCCUCGUACUCUCUGGAAACCUUUCUUUCUAUCUGCAGCCUCAAUAUAAAUAGUAAUUGCUGUUCUGCUUCAGCUGAGGACAGUUGUUAAUACAUGGAAAUUGCUGUUAAACAGCACUAUAUAUUUGGUACCUGCUAGAAACAGAACAAUUGGAAGUUAUUUUUGAGGUUGUUGUGCUGAUAUGGUAAAUUAGCUAAUGAUUUUUUUUAGUGUCCAUGUUUCAACUCUGCAGUUCAUUCUAAGCACCUUUUAUAAUUUUUCUCCUUUUCUUUUCUCUAGGGGCCCUGGUAUUUCUAUUGUUACUUCUGGGAUGGGAGGGGUGAGAGAAAAAGAUGUUCCCUGUGCUUCGGUAGCAUUGAUUUGUAUUGCUGGAAGUGGUGGCCAUUAUGUCUGAGGAUACCUUUUGCUUGUUUAAGCCAAUAAAUAAAUGACUGUUGCUUGA